GGAUUAAAGUCAAUGUCCUCGCACUCUUCACACCAGCGGCUCACCCACUGACCGACUGAUGAGCUGGAAGGCUCCGGAUGUGUCUGUGAAGAUCCACACCUGAUAUAACACCUGAGCCAAACGGAUUUUUUCCACUAUCAUCUGAAAAGUGUGACUUAGGGAGUGAGGAGUUUCUAAGAUUCGAGUCAGAGUUUGGAACUAACAGCAGCUGGAGAUUUGUUCAGACAAAAGUGAUUUAGAUUUACGUCAGCUUCCAGAGCACUUCUGAGAGACUGAACUGAGAACUGCCAAACAGAGUAGACUUUUAAAGCAUUAGAAAAAAAGCAUUAGACAAGAAAAACACCAAUUUCUGAAGAGCGGCCCUUUUGGUAUUGCAUCACCAUGACUAGCAGUGGAACCACCGCCGUUACACCACAGGAGCCUAAGCCUUUCAAACGGGCGGUACGGAAGAUAAAAUGCGCCGCCAUGGUGGCAAACUUGGCCAAGAGCUGGCAGGGCUGGGCCAAUGAACACUCCAGCCAGCAGGAAGCCAUCCCGAGCGGCUGGAUGCCUUCAUCUGUUGAAGAGGCAGACAAUAGAGACCGCCACCAUGAGGUUAAACUUACCAUCACCCCGCGUGUAAUCGCUGCUGAUGCCGCUAACAUGAGUGGGAGUAAGAUCCGGACCAGUUCUGUUAUCAAAACCGUCCAGCCAAAGCGCAGCGAGUGCAGCAGCAGCGAUUUGGUCAACGCCAUUCGAGGCAGGAUGGAGUCAGGUCCCGAGGAGAGCAAGCCGUUCUUGGGUAAGGAGUCGCCGACACGGCGGCGCCAGAUGAGGGCGUUACAGAGCGGAGGAGGAGGAGGAGGAGGACUCAUCCAAGACAAGAAGCUUUUGCUCCAAGAGAAGAAACAUGGGUCGCGGAGCAGCAGUGUUGAUACAGAGGACAGCGGGCUGGGAGAGGAGGCCAGCCUCAGCGACAACAGCGAAUCAAAACCUGAGCAGGACGACAUCCAGCCCAAGAAACACACCACCAGGCCCAAGAUUAAGAUCGCCACUACGGGUGACAUCAAAAACCGCUGGCAGCAGUGGUCCAAGCAGCACAUGGAGGGCCAGAAGCUCAACCCCUUCAGCGACGAGUUCGACCACGACUAUGCCCUCAACCCCUUCAGCGACGAGUUCGACCACGACUAUGCCAUGGCCCAGCGCCUCCGCAAGGGCGACACCGGCUACGGUCGACCCAAAGACGGCUCCAAGACGGCAGAGAGGGGCGACAGGGCCCACAAACACAUCCACAGGGAGAUGGAGGAGAUGGUGUGGAUUAUCAGAGAAAUGGGUAUCAAGGAUAAAGAGGGAAGGACCGUCAUUACCUUCGGCCGGCUCUUUGACCGCUACGUGAAGAUCUCGGACAAGGUGGUGGGCAUCGUGCUGCGCUGCCGUAAACACAAGAUGCUGGACUUUGAAGGGGAGAUGCUGUGGAAGGGACAGGAUGAUGACGUCAUCAUUACGUUGAGGGACUGAGGACAGACAUGUCUUAUGAACAUUCACACAUGCAAACACACCCUCUGUACACGUCAGCUCAUAUAAUGUUAACCACAAUCCUGCAUCAUGCACACAAGACAAAUACAGGAAGACAAAAUAAUGCAGUAUGAUUAUAAUGUUCAGAUUAUAUAUGAGAUAACACACACACACACACACACACACAGCCUCAGGGAUACACACACUAGACGGAAACUUAAGUUUUAUCAGUCAUCAGUCGUCAUAUUUAAAUUUAAUAUACAUAAACUAUUAAAAGGCAUGUGAGUGUACAUGUGGAGGCUUCACACGCUCACACUCGCAGACACACACUCACACCAGACUCAUUAGUUCUUCUCAUAUACCUGACAGGUCAUCCGGUGAAAGGAAGCUAUCUUUAGCAUGAUAACCAUGCUCGCCUUGCUAACUAUGCUGCUACAUGCUGAUGCUGGAGGCCUCAAGCAUCCACCACAAUGCCAGUCAUGCUGGAGCGCUUCACUCAGACCAGUGCUGAAGACACUUGGAUUUCAUCUGAUAAUCUGUCAAAAAAAAUUUAAGAUAAUUUUGUUGACCGAAGUGUACAAGGGCAUGACAUUGACCAUAACGCAGAACAUUCAGGACUUUGGGGUGUUUCAGAGAAUUAUGGAGGACAUAAAAUCACUGUAGUAUCAAAAAAUAAAUGCGUAAAUGUAUUUAUCAAUUAAAAAAUAAAAGCAUAAAUAAAAAAAAUAAAUGCUAAAAUUAAUAAAUAAAUAUAUGGAAAUAGAUAAAUAAAAAAAUAUAAAUAGAUAAAAAAAAAAAACAACCUACAUUUAUUAAUUUCUGUGUUUCUGUGUCUAUGAGGUAGGAGGCCCUAACCAUUGCAUUUAUUUCUUUAUUUAUGCUUUGAUUUAUUUCCAAAUUUAUUGCACCAUUAAUUAUUAUUUUAUUUAUUUGUUUGUUUCUGUAUUUAUUUAUACAUUUAUUUAUUGAUUGAUUGAUACUUGAUUGCUGCCAGAGCUUGAAGUAAAUGGCUGAGUAGCAGUUUAAGCUAACAUCUAAAUUAAUGAAAGAACAACAGAGAGGAAAAUAUAUUGGUAUGAUACUAUUCGCAUUUUGUGUGGGCUUUAAUGUACAACAUUUAGGCUACCAUUUUUUUUAAUUUUUUUUUUAAAUCACAUUUUAUUAAAAUACUUUAGAGGAGAUAACAGGACCACACUUAAUAUCUAUGAACUGUUCUCUAGCCAAAAAAUAGAUGAUGUACCUUUUAGCUCUUGAUUUUCAGAAACACCACAUAGAGUCGAGUGGUAAGACCUGGUGCUGAUAUUUUGUCUGUAUAGGAACCCUGUAAAAACAAGAACCUUGAGCUCAGCAAUAGAAAUCUUAACGGUCAUUUGAUGUUUGAAAAAAGUCUGUCUGUUUUAACAUACAUGACUGUGAUGUAUAAUAAAAUGUAUUUUACCUCAUUUUAACAUUUAGGACAUUUACUGUUUGAAUCGUGUUAAAUGAAAGUAAGACGUGUUUCAGAUUUCUUCUUUCAAAGUGAAAGCCUGUGAGUCUUCUUACAGAAGGACAAUUUUACUACAAAGACUGCAGCGUGACGCAUGACUGUAAAUAUACGUAUAAAUGUGUCACCCGUGAAAUUUUGUCAUUUUUGCUGUGAGUGUUAAUAUGGAAGUCAAUAAAGACUGAAAUUUAAAUGCUGAUAUCCUACAUUAAACAGGGUACUGUGGAAUAUUGAGCUGCUAAUAAAAUGCUGCA